AUGGCUGCCACCGCCCUCCUAGUCUGCGACAUCCAAAACGGCAUCGUCGAGCGAGUUCAAGGCCCAGGGCAGGACACGGAGUUGUUCCUGCAGCGUCUAUCCCAGACCAUCGACGCGGCACGCCACGCGGGGCUGACCGUCAUCUACGUGCGCGUGGCAUUCCGGCCUGGGUAUCCCGAGGCGUCGCCACGCAACGCGUCGCUGGCCCGCGUCAAAGCGCACGGCAGCGCGGCUGGAUUCGGCGAGGACGACCCUUUGACGCAGAUCCACGCCGCGGCGUUGCCCCUCCCGACGGACAUCGUGGUCACCAAGCGGCGCGUGUCGGCGCUGCACGGGACGGACCUGGACCUGGUCCUGCGCAGUUUGGGGGUGGAGAACUUGGUCAUCGCGGGCCUCAGCACCAGCGGCGUCGUCAUGUCGACCGUCCGCCAGGCCGCCGACAUGGAUUACAGGCUGGUCGUGCUGGCGGAUCUGUGCCGCGACUCGGACCAGGAGAUGCAUGAUGCGGCGAUGAAGGUCAUUGCGAAGCAGGCCGAGGUGGUCACCUCAGAAGACUGGGUUGCUGGAUUGUAG